GACACGAUCGCCCUGAACCAUGGCGAAUUCUCCGGAUAUCUCCAAUAUUAUCGAUUUCUCGAAGCGGUCUCUCCUCAUCUCUGUUGCGUCCAUCGCGUUUAACCCCACCGCAUGGAACAUCGUCGCGCGCAACGAGUAUAGGAACAAGACGAUAACACGGCUCUGUGGUGGAAAUGCGCGAUAUGGCUGCUACUUUCUCGCGCUCUGCAUCUUCUCCGCCGGCAUGGUCCGCGACGCGCUUUACCAUGAAGCGUUGCAGGAGCAGCCCAAACAGAAGAUUCUCCCCGAGCCCUUCGACACACUCGUCCCCGCCGUCCUCUUCAUCGCAGGGCAGAUAUUCGUCAUCACCUCCACAUGGGCACUAGGAAUAACCGGUACGUUCCUCGGGGACUACUUUGGUAUCCUCAUGGACCACAGAGUCGAGGGCUUCCCCUUCAACGUCCUGCGCGACCCCAUGUAUGUUGGAAGCACCCUGUCCUUCGCCGCAACAGCGCUCUGGUACGAGCGCCCUGCAGGCCUCCUCAUCACGCUCUACGUCUACAUCGUCUACCUGAUCGCGCUUCGCUUCGAGGGCCCCUUCACGGACAUGAUCUACUCCAACAGAGCCGCUGCGGACAAGGCUGCGUCCAAGAAGGAGCUCUGAUCCCUGGCGAUUAUCGCCGCCGCCCUUCAAAAUCAUCACGGCUGUUUACGCCCUGCGUCACGAGUCUUGACGUCAUCACGAUUUCCUUGGACCUCGGGGGUUCACACUGCACGCGACUGCUAGUCAUCGCCGGCCCAUCCUGCGUUGACGCGGAUCUGACUAGAGGUUCAACACCCGACACGUAUUGACACUUGCAUGGACCCGUACCAUAGUGUAAUUCAGUAUACUCUCAACAGCAUAUUCCUGCAAUCUAUCUGUUCGAU